AUGUCGUCUCCUCAGGAAUUCGCCAGCAUUGAGCAGGCUCUCAACAAGAACGACGCGUACGACCUGAAGAAAAUGGAUACCUUCGUUGACAAAGCGGAAAUGCUCGAGACCAAGCGUCUUCCUGAGAAGCAUGAACACGACAAGGAGGCCACUGGGAAGAUGGUGGCCUUUGAGCGCCGCAACUCAGCGGCGGGCGCUGAGAGCCGCAAGUAG